UGCACAUUUCAGUCUGUUUCAUUGUCCACCAUAAUCCCUACAUUUUAGCUGAUAAUGGCUGCCAAUGCAUUAAUUACCCCAAUAACACACUAGCACCACCAUUAAUGAAAGAUUAUUUCAAAUGGAUUACCAUAAGAUAAACAAAAGCAAAAACCCUCCACUGGGAAGUGGAGUUGGAGGAUUAUCUCCAGUGAAAUUGAGGAAUAUGUUGAAGAGAAAGAAGAAGCAAGAUGAAGUUGAGUCCACUACUUUCACUUUGGAAUCUCAAGCUUCUGAGGAUUAUGAUUCUGGUGAGUGUUUAGAGAAUUACAAAGAUGUCGAUGUUGUAAGUGUACUUCACGAACGUGUGACAUCACCAACGGCCGAUACACUAGCCUUAGGAACUGAUAGUGACCAUAGAUCAAAAGAUCACAAUUUGUUAAGUUCAAGAACCGGGCCUCAAGAAGAAGGCUAUUUGGACUAUGACACUGGGGUUGAUAAGGUUACUGGAUCGCCCUUCGAGUUUCAGAAGACUGAACGGGCCUCAAAUAGAAAGUCUAUGACUCCGUUUUCAAAACAAGCACCAUCUAAGUGGGAUGAUGCCCAGAAGUGGAUAGCUAGCCCGACAUCCAGCCGUGUGAAAAAUGAGCAGCCUGUGAAGAAGAGUGGUCAUGUUAGCCAUGGAAACCGACAACCAGUCACUAAGGUGGUGGUGGAAGUUCCUGAUCAGAGAUUGGUUCCUUAUGACGAGCCUGAUACCAAGCAGAUCGAUUUGAGCCACUCUAAAGAUAACAAGGGGCAGUAUGUGACUUGGGAGGGUGAUUAUGUUUCUUCCACAAUGGUUGAUUCAUAUAGCAAGCCAGUUUUGAUGAUUGAAGACUCUGUUGGCGAUUCAGCAAUUAAUUUGAGUCGCCAUGACUCUUCUCUAUCCAUUCAGAACACGACAUUUGUCCCUCCUCCUUCGGAAGCUAGAUCAGUAUCAAUGCGAGACAUGGGCACUGAAAUGACUCCAAUUGCUAGCCAAGAACCUUCUAGAACCGGAACCCCAAUAAGGGCAACAACUCCUAGCCGGAGUCCAAGUUCGUCUAGACCAACAACUCCAGAAAGGACUGGCCCAGUUUCAUCAACCACCAAUCUUUCAAAUCAAAGGAUGGAAACCGGUAACAAAGAGUUAUCGGAAAAGGAGUUGCAGAUUAAAACUAGAAGAGAGAUAAAGGCUCUUGGAACGCAGUUGGGUAAGAAGAAUAUUGCUGCCUGGGCCAGCACGGAAGAGGAAGACAAAGGCGCAUCCUCUUCAGGAAAAGAUUCAGGAGCUGAAGAAAGGGGUAAAAGUGCUAUUGAGAUGCGUGCAGCUGCUUGGGAAGAUGCUGAGAAAGCCAAGUAUAUGGCUAGGUUUAAACGUGAAGAGGUAAAGAUAGAGGCAUGGGAAAACCAUCAAAAGGCAAAGACAGAAGCUGAAAUGAGGAGAAUUGAGGUAGAGGUAGAACGGAUGAGAGGUGGAGCACAUGAUCGACUGAUGAACAAACUGGCAGCUGCAAGACACAAGGCCGAAGAGAAACGGGCUGCUGCAGAGGCAAAGAGAAAUCGAGAAGCUGCAAGAGCAGAAGAACAAGCUGCAUACAUUCGUAAGACAGGGCGAAUACCAUCUUCGUUCUCAUGUUAUUGUUGGUGCUUUUAGAAUUGUAAGUCUGUAUUCUUUUGUUAGGAAACUUGGUACCUUAUGGCUUGUUGUAAUCAAAAAACAACUUAUGUUUAGAAAAAAUCUUUGCAUAUAAUGCCAUUUUCUAUGA